AUGGCUAGACAAGAUACACUUGGUCAAAAGGACACAUCCAGUGUUGAUCCUAUUCCAACUAAUGUGGUCCCUGCUGUUACCACUCUUCAACCCGCAUUGGAGAAGAUGAGUAUUGUUGGAGAGUUCGAUAAGAUCGAACAAUUUGAUGGGCAGAAUUUUAAGAGAUGGAGGCAAAUGCUUCUUUUUGCUUUAACCCAAAUAGGGGUUGCUUUUGCAUUGACGGAUCCCAAACCACCACAAAGUGAGAUCCUGGAAGAAGAUGUAAAACGGAUUGCAUGGAUUCAAGCCGAUUUUCAGUGUAAAAAUCGGAUAUUGAAUGCGCUUGCCAUUGAUCUAUACAAUGUGUAUAACUCAUACGAGUAUGCAUAUAUGAUCUGGAACGCUUUAUGCAACAAGUAUACUCUUGAUGAUGAAGGCAGCAAGAAAUAUGUGGUAGCAAAUUUCUUGAAUUUUGAAAUGACCGACGACGAAAGCGUCUCUUCCCAAAUUGAUAAGUUUCAAAUCUUGGUGGGAAGGUUAUCUAAGAAAAAUGUUAUUCUUCCUGAUGUUUUCGUCACAAGUUCCCUCCUUGAAAAACUCCCUCCCUCUUGGACUGAUUUCAAAAAUAAUAUGAAACACAAGAGAAAGGAAUGGUCCUUUGAACAGGUUGUGAUCCGAAUCAAGAUCGAGGAGAGGAACAGGAACAAGGACAAUGGUGGAAAGCCUCUUGGGUACACAAAACUCAAAGCCAACCUUGUCGAAUCAAACAAACAAGGUCAUUUCAAAAAGGUCUUCAAGUCAAGAAAGGCAAGAGUUUCAAGAGGUCAAAAGUAA